GCGGCCAGCGCCUCCGCCCCCGAGCGCCCGGGCGGGCGGAGUGGCGGGUGAGGGGCGGGAUGUUUGAUGGGCGGGGGUCCCAAUGACGGCAUCCGAGCGCGCCGAGUUGGGGUUCAGAGCCUUCCUGGCCCGCAGGGGGACUGCGUUCCUACCCUAGCAGGGCCGGGAGCAAACUUCCCUCAACAUGGGGCUGGAGGCCCAGAGGCUGCCAGCGGCCGAGGAGGCCCCAGUGAGGGUGGCCCUUCGAGUCCGCCCGCUGCUUCCCAAGGAGCUGCUGCAUGGGCACCAGAGCUGCCUGAGGGUGGAGCCAGGGCACGGCGGAGUCACCCUGGGCCGAGACCGCCACUUUGGCUUCCAUGUAGUGCUAGACGAGGAUGCCGGGCAGGAGGCUGUAUACCAGGCCUGUGUGCAGCCCCUCCUGGAGGCUUUCUUUGAGGGCUUCAAUGCCACUGUCUUUGCCUACGGUCAGACAGGCUCCGGGAAGACGUACACCAUGGGAGAGACCAGUGUCGCCUCCCUUCAUGAGGAUGAACAGGGCAUCAUCCCGCGGGCCAUGGCUGAGGCCUUCAAGCUGAUUGAUGAGAAUGACCUGCUUGACUGUCUGGUGCACGUGUCCUACCUGGAAGUGUACAAGGAGGAGUUCCGGGACCUGCUGGAGGUGGGCACCGCCAGCCGUGACAUCCAGCUUCGGGAGGAUGAUCGCGGGAAUGUUGUUGUGUGUGGGGUGAAAGAGGUGGACGUGGAGGGCCUGGACGAGGUGCUGAGCCUCCUGGAGAUGGGCAACGCAGCGAGGCACACGGGGGCCACACACCUCAACCGCCUCUCCAGCCGCUCACACACUGUCUUCACCGUGACUCUGGAGCAGAGGGGCCGGGCGCCGAGCCGCCUGCCUCGACCCCCCGCGGGCCAGCUGCUCAUCUCCAAGUUCCACUUCGUGGACCUGGCAGGCUCGGAGAGGGUACUCAAGACAGGCAGCACGGGUGAGCGGCUCAAGGAGAGCAUCCAGAUCAACAGCAGCCUCUUGGCCCUGGGCAACGUCAUCAGCGCCCUGGGCGACCCCCAGCGCCGCAGCAGCCACAUCCCCUACCGAGACUCCAAGAUCACCCGGAUCCUCAAAGACUCGCUGGGCGGGAACGCCAAGACAGUGAUGAUCGCCUGUGUCAGCCCGUCCUCCUCCGACUUUGACGAGACCCUCAACACCCUCAACUACGCCAGCCGUGCCCAGAACAUCUGUAACCGCGCCACCAUCAACUGGCAGCCCGAGGCCGAGCGGGCUCCCGAGGAGGCGGCGGCGGCAGCCCUGGUGCGAGGGCCUCCGAGGCACCGCUCGGAGACGCGCAUCAUCCACCGGGGCCGGCGCGCCCCGGGCCCUGCGGCCGCCUCCGCUGCGGCCACCGCCCGCCUGGGCGCCGAGUGUGCACGCUACCGAGCCCGCACCGACGCCGCCUACAGCCUCCUGCGCGAGCUGCAGGCCGAGCCUGGCCUGCCUGGUGCUGCCGCCCGCAAGGUGCGCGACUGGCUGUGCGCCGUCGAGGGCGAGCGCAGCGCCCUGAGCUCCGCCUCUGGGCCCGACAGCGGCAUCGAGAGCGCCUCCGCCGAGGAGCAGGCCACGCAGGGGCCUGGCGGGCGAAAGGAAGAUGAGGGGGGGCUGCAACUGCUGGCCCUGCAGAGCCAGGUGGCCCAGCUGGAGGAGGAGAACCGGGACUUUCUGGCUGCGCUGGAGGACGCCAUGGAGCAGUACAAACUGCAGAGCGACCGUCUUCGUGAGCAGCAGGAGGAGAUGGCAGAGCUGCGGCUGCGGCUGGAGCUGGUGCGGCCUGGCUGGGGGGCCCCAGGGCUCUUGCAGGGCUUGCCCCCUGGGUCCUUUGUGCCUCGUCCUCACACAGCUCCCCUUGGGGGUGCCAACACCCAUGUGCUGGGCAUGGUGCCCCCUGGCUGCCUUCCUGGAGAUGGAGCUGGUCCUGAGAACUGGGGAAAGGUGACAGAUGCCAGGGAGUCUGGCACCAGGUUUCUGGAGGUGGGAGACAGGCUGGGAAGUGGCUCUUCAGCUGCAUCAUCAGAGGAAGAGGAGGAGGAGGAAGAGGGGGGAGGGGCGGGGGAGGAGUUGGAGCCCCUCCAGCGGACCCUGCACCUGUGCAGAAACGGGAUCGGUAAGCGGAGCCAGAGGAUGGGGGCCUGCUCAGGGAAUCCACUUGGCAGGAAGGACCCAGAGCUUCACCUGGGGGAGAUGGGCACAGCCAUCCCGGGGCCCAGAGUGGUUGGUGGGAGCAAGGCCCCAGCUUGGCCUCCCCAGGCCCCAGCUGCCACCGCCUCUGAGUGGCGGCUGGCCCAAGCACAGCAGAAGAUCCGCGAGCUGGCCAUCAACAUCCGCAUGAAGGAGGAGCUCAUCGGCGAGCUGGUCCGCACAGGGAAGGCGGCCCAGGCCUUGAACCGCCAACACAGCCAACGCAUCCGAGAGCUGGAGCAGGAGGCCGAGCGGGUGCGGGCCGAGUUGAGCGAAGGCCAGAGGCAGCUGCGGGAGCUUGAGAGCAAGGAGCCCCAGGACCCUGGCUCACGUUCCCAGCUCCAGGAAUUCCGCAAGAGGGUUGCUGCCGCUCAAAGCCAGGUGCAGGUGCUGAAGGAGAAGAAGCAGGUGACAGAGCGGCUGGUGUCGCUGUCGGCCCAGAGUGAGAAGCGGCUGCAGGAGCUUGAGAGGAAUGUGCAGCUUAUGCGGCAGCAGCAGGGGCAGCUGCAGAGGCGGCUUCGAGAGGAGACGGAGCAGAAGCGGCGCCUGGAGACAGAGAUGAACAAGCGGCAGCACCGAGUCAAGGAGCUGGAGCUAAAGCACGAGCAGCAGCAAAAGAUCCUGAAGAUCAAGACAGAAGAGAUUGCGGCGUUUCAGAGGAAGCGGCGCAGUGGCAGCAAUGGCUCUGUGGUCAGCCUGGAGCAGCAACAGAAGAUCGAGGAGCAGAAGAAGUGGCUGGACCAGGAGAUGGAGAAGGUGCUUCAGCAGCGGCGGGCACUGGAGGAGCUGGGGGAGGAGCUCCGAAAGCGGGAAGCCAUCCUGGCCAAGAAGGAGGCCCUGAUGCAGGAGAAGACAGGACUGGAGAGCAAGCGGCUGCGGUCCAGCCAGGCCCUCAGCGAGGACAUUGUGCGAGUGUCCAGCCGGCUGGAGCACCUGGAGAAGGAGCUCACGGAGAAGAGCGAGCAGCUGCGGCAGGGCAGCGCCCAGAGCCAGCAGCAGAUCCGCAGGGAGAUUGACGCUCUGCGCCAGGAGAAGGACUCACUGCUCAAGCAGCGGCUGGAGAUCGAUGGCAAGCUGAGGCAGGGCAACGUGUUGUCCCCUGAGGAGGAGCGGACACUGUUCCAGCUGGAUGAGGCCAUUGAGGCCCUGGAUGCGGCCAUCGAGUACAAGAACGAAGCCAUCACGUGCCGUCAGCGGGUGCUGCGGGCCUCAGCCUCCUUGCUGUCCCAGUGCGAGAUGAACCUCAUGGCCAAGCUUAGCUACCUCUCGUCCUCGGAGACUAGAGCCCUGCUCUGCAAGUACUUUGACAAAGUGGUGACGCUCCGAGAGGAGCAGCACCAGCAGCAGAUUGCCUUCUCGGAGUUGGAGAUGCAGUUGGAGGAGCAGCAGAGACUGGUCUACUGGCUGGAGGUAGCCCUGGAGCGGCAGCGCCUGGAGAUGGACCGCCAGCUGACCCUGCAGCAGAAGGAGCAUGAGCAGAACAUGCAGCUCCUGCUCCAGCAGAGUCGAGACCACCUUGGUGAAGGGUUUGCGGACAGCAAGAGGCAGUAUGAGACCAGGAUCCAAGCUCUGGAGAAGGAGCUGGGCCGCCACGUGUGGAUGAACCAGGAACUGAAGCAGCAGCUCAGCAGUUUGGACACUGCAGGCCAGGGCAGGGUGACAGGUGGGGAGAAGAGGACCCUGUGCCUGGACAACAGACAAGCCCCUGCAAAUGAAGACGGGCCCCACGCAGCACCCGAGCCGCUCUGGCAGUCCCCCCUCGUCGAGGGUGCCCCCAGGGCCCGGGAGGAGAUAAGGGACUUGGUCCAUGCCCCAUUGCCGUUGACAUGGAAACGCUCGAGCCUGUGCAGUGAGGAGCAGGGCUCCCCCGAGGAGCUGCGGCAGCGGGAGGCCACUGAGCCCCUGGUGGGGCGGGUGCUAGCUGUGGGUGAGGUGGGUCCACCCUGGAACCUCGGGUCCUUGCCCAAGCCCCGGCGGGAACUACGAAGGGCCAGCCCAGGGAUGAUUGACGUCAGGAAGAACCCCCUGUAGGGAGAGCCGCCCUGGAGGGAGACCUGGAGCCUGCUGAAAGGGGUGUUGCCUACACGUGCUUCUGUGGAGUCCUUACGUCAAACUCCAAAUCAGGUCCUGGUCUUUCCAAUUGAAGUCAACAAAUUUGGGCCAUAGCCCAGAAUGGGACUCAAAUCGCUUUUUUAAAAAAAGAUACAAAUUCCUACCAAUCACUCGCUUUAAGCUGCAGUACCAGAUUGCUACCUUUUGGCUUGAGUUUCAGAGGGAUGAUUCUGGUCUCGAGCCAACAUGUGUGUACUGUUAAUUCUGGAGUUCAGCCAAGGCUUGUCAGUGGCAACAGGACUGGUUUAAACGGUCUCAUGUAUAUGGCAGUGGGGGGAAAUGGGAAGCUUAGCAGUUUUAAAAGUUUUGUAAAAUCAUUUUAUAAAUAAAUGAGAAUAAUCUCUGGA